AUGGCUGACAAACCCCAACUCAAGCCCCUCCACGAAACCCUCUUCGAAGAGGGCUUGAAAGUCCGCAGAGCAGUCGUUGGUGACGCAUAUGUCGAGAGAUCUUUAGCCAAUGGCUCCAGCGACUUUGCCCGUCCUGGCCAAGAACUCGUGACCGAAUGGUGCUGGGGCCAUAUCUGGACACGACCCGGCCUGGAAAGAAAGCAGCGGAGUCUCUUGAACAUCGGCAUGCUGAUUGCCCUCAAGGCCUGGCCAGAACUGGCGGUUCACACGCGUGGCGCUAUCAACAAUGGCUUGACGGAGAAGGAGAUUAGCGAGGCAGUUUUGCAGGCCACAGUCUACUGCGGGGCUCCGGCGGGUAUUGAAGCCACGAAAAUUACAGAGAAGAUGAUUAAGGAGAUGAAGGAGGACGGUGAAUAUAAGCCUCAUCUUUAG